AAGCAGUGCAGGAUCCACACUAAGACCGUGGGCGCCAUGAUGAGCGGAUUGAAGGAUGACAAGUCGGAGACAGGCAUCAAGGCGCUCAAAGAGUUCAAGAAUCUCCAAGCGAAUGCCCCAGAUACCCCACCCAGUCCUUGGAGUGAGUCGGUGCUCAGUUUUGAAUCAACGCAUCCUUCGAAGGUCCAGGGCAAGCCGAGGGGCCAUUCCUCCGCCGACGUGCAGCGCAUCCUCGACAAGCACGUGGCGAAGACGUCCAUGGCCAAGGGCUCAAGGCUCGUGAUGAUGCAUAAGGCGCAGUGGAUCAAGCUCCGUGUCAAGAAGCAGUGCUACCCCAUGGAGGAGGCGGAGAUGACUUGGAAAUCGGUCGAGGGCAAGUGCCCUGAGUCGGCUAGAGACAAGAUGGGCCCCGUAGAUUCACCUCUACGUCUACCGAUGCCAUCAGAGGACUACAUUGAUGCUGCGGCGAUCAUCGAACAAGUGAAGGAGUUGGAGUUGGCCUCGAAGUCCAAGAAGAUCGGCGCAGAGACUGACAUCGCAGCUGCACAGGCCGGCGUCAUCAAGAACCACGUCGGUUUUGGCAAUGACAUGUUCGAUUCUGUUGGAGGGCAGGCCAUCCUCGCCUCAGCGGGGUCAGGCCUGCUCGGAGUUGGGGCCUCAGGGCAGACCGCGUUCCACUCGGCCAGCGGGACAAGCGCAGCUUCCAGCGCUUUCGCUUCCGUCAUUGAGAACAAGAAGAUGCAGCAUCAGGAAUCCGACAGAACCCCGCCGUCGGCUCAGAAGAUAUUCGACAAGGACAUACAGCAGGUUAAGAUGCAUGACAGGGUGGCCAGUCAAAUCAGCAGCAUUCAAGGCAAGCUGGAAAAACUUGAGGAAGCGAAGGCCAAAGCGAUUGCCAUGACCAAAACCGAAGGCGGAGAGGAUCGCAGCAGGCCAGGCCAUCAUUUCGUGCCAGGGCUGGAUCGCAACCUGCAGCUGCUGAACGACCGUUUCUCGCUGAUGCCGCUCAUGCAGAUCAAGUUCCCAGAGGAUCUUGCGCCGUCGAGCUCGAUCGCUCUGUCGAACGGCAUCGAGGAGUCGGAGGAGCUCAAGCUCGCGUCGAAGAUUGCUGGCACCAUUAGUGAGACCAAGGCCGACCAGGAGAAAAAGCCCGUGGAGCCCGAGAAAGUUGAGGAGGCCAAGCAGACCCUGAAUCGCUCUAUUGCGAACCACAUCGGCAACAGCUUCGAAGGUAGCUUGAAGGGUUCGAUGCUCCAUGAGAUCAUGAAGGCGCGCGGCUUCGACAGCGAGACCGCGAGUUUGAACCAUGAUCUGCUCUUCCAAGACCUCUUGUUCCACAAGCACUACUUGGUCGCCGUGGCCAACCUUGAGGCGUUCUUGACCCAGCGGAACGCAGAGGGCAAGGCCUUGCCCGUCGUGCCCGAGGAUCUCGAUGCUGUGAGGCCGCUCAUCUGGUUCCAGGUUGGCCAACGCCGCAUCCAUCGCAUCGAGGACGAGAACGCCAUGAAGGCUUGGAUGAACGAAUGCGACAAGAAGGUUGGCCUCUUCACUAAAUGCAUCAAGUUUCCGCAGGCUGCAGCGGAUGCUGUUUCGAAACACAUCACCACGCGCGACAAGAAGGUCCAGCACUCGUCGCAGCAGGCGGCGAAAAAGGAGGAGAAUGAACGAGCCAGGAAAAGGAAGAUUGCGGAGGCUGAGCAGAAUGCGAAGAGGGCAAAAGGAGAUACUGGGACCGCGUUCCUGAUCCAGGCCAGUCAUGAUGUGAUUAAACCUGUGAAGACUUUCGACACCGCGGAGAAGCUGGCCGAGGCCAAGGACGCGGGGACCUUGGGAACAAGCGAGCCCUACAUCGUGAAGAGCAUGCCCGCAGUGGCUGCUCUCGUGGACGAGCGGAGCGUGAAGGCAAGCUUAGGCGUGUUUCGCAUCCAAUUCCCAUCAAGCGGCCAAGCUGUAACAGACGGGCGCGGCUACACGCCGUUCCACAAUGAGCGGAGGGACCGCCUCCGGGAGCUGAUGCUCUCUGCGGGCCCGGCCUGCGUCGUGGACGUGAAGAAGGACGGCGUCGACAACUUGGUGAAGACGACGUGCUCCCAAGCCGCCUUCUACGGCAAGAACCCAGGGUAUGUGGGCAUGGGGCAGUCGCGCCAAGGGCUGGCGGGCAUGAUGUAUCAGGUGGCGGGGACCCUGGAGUUCACCUUGAUAGACUUCAGCAGCUUAGGCGACUAUGCCCAGAAGGCCGACAUGAUCAAGCAGACGGACAAGGACUUUCACGAGCAUCAGCUGGAUGUACUUCAUUCUAUUCAAUCUCAAGAACAAUUGGACUUGCUUGCGCAGUCUGAGGCGAGGGUCUACCGUGGGACGCUGGCACCCAAUCAGAUGUUGUUCAUCCCUCUGGGCAGCUUCUUCGUCGAACGGACGGUCGGUACUAGCGGCGUCUACGGCUACUUGGUGCCAUUCGUGGAGAACUCGGCUGCGUCCUACACAGCGUUCGAAGAGAUGUUCCGCCAGAUCGAGACGUGCCAGCCGAACAGCGCCACCACGAGGUUCUUUCGGAGCGCAUUGGCAGCCGCCACUCCCGAGCCCGCCAAGCAGGCUGAUAGCAGCAAGUGA